AUGACCCAAGAAGACCUUGGCGCCCGUCUCAAUGCUUCGACAUUGGAGAAUCUCUACAAAAAUCUCUCGCGGGUCACCACAUCCGAAAACUUGCUUGUGUUGGCUCGGCCUCUUUCCAAACUAGUCAAUUAUCUCACGCCGUUUCUGAACCUUAAGAAGCGAGGCAAGUUCGACAAAACAACGUGGCUCGAAACAUUGGCGGAGUCCCAAGAUGUUGUCGGCUUGGCAGAAAACUACGCCACCAUUAUUUUCAUCAUUGACGACUCAGUGGCCGACUUGCGGCUUUUCGCUCAGGUCUGGAGCCACCUCAAAGCCCGGAAGUCCAGAGUUUGCCUUAUUGUGAAAGACAUGACGCGGUCUUUUUACUACGAGCUUUCCACCUCGGUUUUCGGCAUGAAGAGCGACGUGCUGUUCUCAAAAAUCUCUGAUGCAGACAUCAACAACUCCGUUCACCGGCUCAGUCCCAACUGUCGAUUGAUGAGGUGGGAAACUUAUCCCGUUUGCAUCCAGGAUUUUGUGUUUUCGCUUGAUAUGGAGCUUGGCGGCUUGCAGCUGUACUUUGCUAACCCAAUUGAGCAGAUCUCGAAGCUUUCAGACGCUGUGGUGGACCUCAUGAAACAAACUGCUUCCCAUCGAGAUAUGAUGAAGUUGAAGAACGCUUUUGCCAAAGGAGACCACGCAAGCUUGCUUCUCAACAUCAUCCAGGACGAAAAAAUCCCAGAGUACAUUGGUGAGGACCUUUCCGCCAAUGAACAGGAAUUCUAUCUCCACAAACUACGAGGAAAUGUGGAUUUGGUGGUUUUGGAGCGCAAUUUGGACUACUUCCCGCUUUUGCUCAGCCAUCUGAACUACAUGGGGCUUUUGGACGAUUUGUUUGGCACGGAAGACGAGUUCAACGAGAUCUUGGCCAACAAAGAAAAAGUUCUGGACGAACUCUACGACAAUCUCAAGCAUUUGAAUUUUGCUUCAAUUGGCGUCAAGCUCAACAAGCUCGCGAGGUAUAUCCAGCUGGAAUAUGAAAACAGCGACAAGCUCAAGGACUUGCAAGAAAUCAAGCAGCUUGUGAGCAACUUGGGGAAUCUCACCACCAAACAAGAAAUGGUGAAAAAACAUACAGGGCUCAGCGAGGCCAUCUUGGAGAAAAUGAAAGAAAACAAGGCAGGCGACGAGAAGUACAAUUUGCGCGAGCAGUGGCUCGAGUUGCAGAACGAAAUCUUUGACCUCGACUACAAACAGCAGAUUGCCAAGCUUCGCCGGUUUCUUUCUCAGUACGGGCCAUUUCCUGUUGUGGCAAGCUUUGCCGUUCUUGUUUCGCUAAUCAACGACGGAAUCAAGCAGAAGGAUCUUGAUCUGCUCGAAACCGAGGUGCACCUAAACUUUGGCCUCGAGUGUCUUUUGAUGUUCCAAAAGCUCAUUGCAUGCAAACUCAUCAAAGUCAAUGUUCGGUCCAACGACUUCUUCGGCACCUUCACUUUUGGAAAGACAGAAAUCGAAACCACAACCACUUCGACGGCACAAGGCGCAGGCGCCCGGCGGGAAGCUGCCGAGGUCCGGACUUACGACGAAAUCUCCCUUCUCGGCGUUACAGCAGCCCAGGACGUCUAUAAAAGCACCUAUACCCUCAUCAACAAGUUCUGGAACUUGCAUCCGGUCGAUGAAGAGCCACAGGGGAUCGUGGAAGACGCUCUGGACUACAGACUGCCGUCCUUCACCUUGCCGUCUGGCACAGUUCCAUUGAUGGGGCGGAUUGUCGAGUCGCUUUACUUUCGGGAUUUUUUGAAGUACAGGCCGGUCACCAGCAUAUCCAAAAGACCCAAUUGGGAAAACCUCAACUUGGACACGAUGUUCCGGGGCCACACGAUUGACCGCAAUAUAUGUGACGAGCUGGACAUGCGCAAAAACGGAAUUGCUACAGAUGCGAGACAGCAGUAUGUGAUUGUGGUUGUUUUGGGCGGAAUCACCCGAAGCGAGAUUAGUGUUUUGCACCAUCUUCAGUCGAGGCUUGGCAAUAGGAAACUUUUGGUGGUGACCAGCGGACUUGUCAAUAACCGUAAGCUUUUCUCUGUGGUGGACCAAAUGUCGUUUACGUAA